AUCUCUACUCAUUAUUAACGUGAGGCCUUAACUCUGGUGCCACCUUUUCAUUUUACUACAGAGGAAACAGAAGGAAACGCAGUGACUUAGACAAUAUCACUGAACUAAUUGGUGGUCCAUUCCCAAUAUGCAGCCCUUUCUUCAACAUCACGGUUUCUUUUUCCUUUUUCAUGGACUCUUCGGAAUGCAACAUAACAGAAUACAUCCACAAUGCGCGUUUUCACCCCUGAGGUUAUUCUUAUGCAGGCACAAGUACGAGCAAGUUGUGAGAAGCUUCCCUGUGAUGGGGAAGAUUGAAGGCUGUGGUUUCCCGGAGAGCCUUCCUUGUUGUCUGGCCAGCUCACUGCUGUCUUGGCACAACCUUGGCAGACUCAUUUUCCUCAUGUUUUCGGGGAGAUUGAGUGAAAAAUGGAAUAAGCUUCAUUACCACUCGUUUGCAGUAAGAGAAGGGAGAGAAAAGCCUGCUCCUCCCUGAUCCAUCCUUUCCUCUUUUUUUCCUUCCCUGUUGUUGCCACCACAUUCCUGAUGUCAUUCCUGCCAUUGUGAGCCGGCAGCUGGCCGCCCCUCCCGGGCUGGAGGAGCCUGAAGGUCAGGAGGAGAGGAGGAGCUGUGGAGGUGGGGGGUGGGCAGCUGUGGUCACACAACAUCUUGCAGUCGGGCUGGGUCUGUGUGGAGCCCCAGGGAUGUUCCCCAGCCCAUUCUUCCCAAGAGCCAAUGAAUAAAAUCAGGGGCCUCCCUCCCGAGGUCCGGGAGCCAGGCCCUGGAGUGGAGCUUGGGGUGGAAGAUGGCCUUCUUUGUCAACUGAUUCAUUCUCCAGAAUUCAACUUGUUCUCCCACUCUGCGGUGUUUGAAAGCACCUUCAUCCAGGUCACUAAGUCCGGGAACUGGAUGAAUGUCCCUGAAGGGUCGACCACCACCGUGAUCCUUGGGGUAACCUCCUCAGUGCCCUCCUUGCCGCUCCCCAACAUCCUCCUGAUGGCCAACGUCACCUGGCCCCAGGGUCAGUUUUCCACCCGCAACACACCUGGCUGUGCUCCUGUCAUCACCCUCCGCAGGAUUCUCCCCCUGAAGUUUGUGGAGCUACAAAUCUGUGACCGGCUCCAGCGCAUCCUGCGGAUCAGGACGGUGACUGAGAAGAUCUACUACAUGAAGCUCCACGAAAAACACCCGGAGACCGUGUUUCAGUUCUGGAUCCGCUUGGUGAAAAUUCUGCAGAAAGGUCUGUCCAUCACCACCAAAGACCCGAGAAUCCAGUUCACUCACUGCCUGGUGCCCAAGAGGCCCUGCAGCUCCACUGAAACAACACCUGAAAGCAGCUGCCUGUCAUCCUCCCAGCCCAGCGAAAACUUCUUGCUGUGGAAAGCCGAGCAGACUAGUGACAUUUUCUCACACUUCCCAGGAAGAGUCCAUCUCACAGAAGACAGAAAACAGGCCGCUGAAAUCAAGGAUUCCAAGAGCUGCAGGAAGACACCCUUGCCGGUGGCAUCGUCAGCCAAUGUGAUUGUACCGAUGAGAGCCGUUUUGAGCCACAGCCUCUGGGAACAAGAGAAUGCAGACGAGUGCUUACCACAGGCUCCUGUAGCCAGUUCCCUAGGAGAGAACUUACUGGGACCCUGACACCUGCCCAAACGGGUGAUCUUCCUGGCCUUAGUCGGCGCACUGGCUACAGCCUCCCAUCAUGCUAUGCUAUUUUCCCACCGUGGGCCAAUGACCACGGGAGAAGGAAGAUGGUGUUUAAAACAAGGUGCUCCUAUACUUCCACCAAUAAACCUCCAAGUGGGCCCCUAAUUGUUGUGGG